CAAGGGUGGUUUUGUAAAUAAUCAUCCAAAACCCUAAACCCCAAUCCCUUGAGCCUAUAUAAACAUAACCAUAGCCUUGGUCACUCAUCUCAGUUCAGUUUGCAUCUCCAAUCUCAGGUUUCUAUAUCUGAAAACAAUGUCGAAUCCAAAGGUUUUCUUUGAUGUACUGAUUGGAAGGAUGAAGGCGGGUCGCAUUGUAAUGGAGUUAUUUGCUGAUGUGACACCAAAAACUGCUGAGAACUUCCGUGCCCUUUGCACUGGUGAUAAGGGGAUUGGAAUGUCUGGGAAGCCACUGCACUACAAGGGCUCUGUAUUUCACCGCAUUAUCCCAAAUUUCAUGUGUCAAGGUGGAGAUUUCACAAGAGGUAAUGGGACUGGAGGAGAGUCCAUCUAUGGUGCAAAAUUUGCAGAUGAGAACUUCAAGCUGAAGCAUACAGGACCCGGGAUUCUGUCCAUGGCAAAUGCUGGACCGAACACUAAUGGUUCUCAGUUCUUCAUUUGCACGGAGAGGACCCCGUGGCUUGAUGGAAAACAUGUUGUGUUUGGGAAAGUGGUUGAUGGUUAUAGCGUUGUUCAAAAGAUGGAAAAGGUUGGUUCAGAUUCAGGGACGACUACAGAACCUGUGGUUAUUGAAGAUUGUGGUCAGAUAACAGAGAACUGAUGUUUGAAUAGCAGGAUCAGUGUUUAAAAUGAGAAUGCUCUUGUAAAGCAAGUAGAACAUCUGUUGAUUUAACUUGAAUAAAUACAUGUAGUUUGGAUCA